AUGGAUGAUGAUGCUGUUUACGUCUACAAGGCUUAUUAUGACUUAAGGGACCCAGCCGGCCCUCGAAUCCGCGUCCUCUUGACAUCAAACUGCAGCACACUCGCUUCAAAUCAGACCGUUUUGGAUCUCAGGAUAGAAGGAAAAUCGAUCGGGAUCGGCUGGGAAAAGAUGACUAAUGGAGUCGAGCGAUCACCAUCGAAAUAUACGGACGAUGUUUCGGCUUGCAUCGGAGCGUUGCAUUGGUUCAACGAUUGGCCCCGUCUGAUCCUGUAUGUAGAAAUGGCUCGUCUAAACGGAAUCUCUCGUAUUCUUGUCACUUGGCAAUCGAUAUCAAAAGAAGUGAAGGCUGUCAUCGAUUAUUAUCAACAAAGAGGAAUUAUACAACCACAUCCAUGGCCAUUGUUGCCCUUUAAUGAAAAGAGGAAUCCAAAUUCGAAUGUCUACAUUGCCAGCCACAAUCUCUUCACUCAACAUUGUAAUUUUUGGUCAAGCAGCAAGUACACGUUUUUGAGCGACGUGGAUGAGUUGCUGUAUAUGAGAUACCAUAACAAGACGCUAUUCGAGUUGUUGGAAUCUUGGUAUAGGAAAAAGAAGGAUAUAGCCGGCUUCAAGUUCAAGCACACACCGCUUGCCCUGAAAAUGGCCUCGAAUCCGUUUGAGUACGAGAAGUUUCUGGAGUUGGAGCCGCUGCGGAAGCCAUUGACGUACGAGGGAUGGCGAUUUCCAAAGUCAAUCUUUUUGACCGAAUACACGCAGAUUUCGUGGGUGCAUUACCCGAGGGAAUUUUUUGCGAAGAAGAAAAAUUAUGAGAUACCCGCCGACGAAGCGUUGUACUUUCAUCUACGUGAAAACUUCGAGGAUGCCAAUGCUACAGUACUAUACCCGGAUGUUCAGCUAUUCCGCCAGGAAGAGGUCGAUCAAAGAAUCUGGUUGAUAGCAGACACGAUCCGAGACAUAUUUCAAGACACCGUGCCAAAGUAUCGUACCCGCGAGCUCUAUGCCGCAAUGGGCGAAUGCAGAAAACGAAAAGGCAAAAAAUGCGAGGACGCGAGCGUGGGCUGCUGGGACGCGUUGUCUGGAAUGGACGAUUGGAUCUACGCGGCACCCACUCCAAACAGCUAUUAUAUCCCGGUU